AUGGAUAGAAUAAAACAGAUUCUAAUUGUUGAUGAUGAUCCUGACUAUAUCCAUUUAGUUGAAAGGGCCUUGUCGGCUUGUCAUUCUCCUUGUACUCUAAAAUCACUUUCGAGUGGAGAUAACUUGUUAGUAUGGUUAAAGACAAGUCAACGACCAAGCUUGAUUCUUUUGGAUAUUGAUAUGCCAGGAGUUUCAGGAUUUGACACCUUGAGUCAAUUAAAGGCAAUUGAAAGAUAUAAAGUUAUCCCAGUUGUCAUAGUAUCGAUGUCAACUGAAAAACAAGAUAUGAUCUACUCUUACAAUAAUGGAGCGAGCGGUUAUAUUAAGAAAGCAGAAACCUUCGAAGAGUUGAAGGUGUCGAUGCAAUUGUUUAGUCGGUAUUGGGUAGACACUGCUUAUACACCUGACAGUUCUUGGUCUAAGCCAGACGACUUUAGUUAUAAGUAA